UCCGGUCAGCUGGGCCGCGCUUCCGCCCGCGCCGCCGCCGCCGCCAUGCGCAUCGAGAAGUGCUACUUCUGCUCGGGGCCCAUCUACCCGGGGCACGGCGUCAUGUUCGUGCGCAACGACUGCAAGAUAUUUAGAUUCUGCAAAUCAAAAUGCCACAGAAACUUUAAAAAGAAGCGAAAUCCCAGAAAGAUGAGAUGGACUAAAGCAUUCCGUAAAGCAGCUGGCAAAGAGCUGACAGUGGAUAAUUCAUUUGAAUUUGAAAAACGUAGGAACGAACCAGUGAAAUACCAGAGAGAGUUGUGGAACAAGACUGUGGAUGCAAUGAAGAGAGUGGAGGAAAUAAAGCAAAAACGCCAAGCCAGAUUUAUUAUGAACAGAUUAAAGAAGAGCAAAGAGUUGCAGAAGGCAGAAGACAUCAAAGAAGUCAAACAGAAUAUCCACCUUCUUCGUGCUCCCCAUGCAGGUACACCAAAACAGCUGGAGGACAAAAUGGUGCAGAAGCUACAAGAGGAUGUGCCUAUGGAAGAAGACUCUUAAAGAGCUUUUAUUUGCUAUUUAUAUUCUCUUCAGGAACCUUAACAGUUCCUUACUGCCUCACCUGACAUCAUUCUGAAAUGUGCUUACAGUUGAAGAAAAGUACAUUUCAGUGAAUACUGGUCAUUUACAAUUUGAAUUAUUUUUUAAAUGAAAAAUAACAGGAUGAUACUAGUUUGGGCAGUACUUAAAAUUCUGCAAUUUGAGAAAACCUUGUCAGCAGGAUGGAGAAUGAGGCUUUAUGGUUUGAGAUACCAUGUGCUCCUUGGAAAGUUACACUUUUUCUGGGUAACAUUUCCAAGUUCAUGCAAAUAAUUAAAUAAUAAAAGAUGCUAGCCCUGAGCUUUUUGAACUUUGUCUGUUGUUCUUCCAUAGUUGUAAAAGCAGAUAAAAGUCUGUUUUAAUGAUUACAAUGUGGGGGAGGAUAUAUUAAUUUUCAUCAGUCCAGUGUGGUCCAGAAUUAUUUUCAUUCUUGUCUUGGGGUAAAAUUUUCAGUUUGAAGAAUA